GUGCCAUAUUUUCCUCACUUCCAGAAAAAUCAAUGGAGAGCUCUGAAACAAAAUUUUAUGAUGUCAACUCCACACCAUUCAGUCUAGCAGCUGCCAGUGGGUCUUCCUAUAUGUCUUCAUUUCACACAAAUGAUAUCAAACAAAAAGGAAAUUCAAGGAGCAACCAUCUGCUGAUCUUUGGAGCAGUUUAUAUAAUAGUACUGAGUGGAGUCACAGGAUAUUCAACAUAUAGAGUGAUAACUCUGCAACAGGAGUUUGUGACAUUCAGAGAAGAAAUCUGCCAGGUGCAAUGCUUGGAGUCAUCAGGUACUGCCUUGCUGAAAGAAGAGUCAGCAUGGGCGAAUGCGACCAUUUCAUCAUCUGAGGAUGGAGGGACCAGGAAACUGUUCCAGCUGAAGAAAGAGGUGGAGUCCCUAUGGGUUAUGCAUGGGGAGAUGGCCAUGAGAAUGGACAACAUCACAAUUAUUAAAGGGCCGCCUGGGAUAAGUGGACCCAAAGGACCGCCAGGGAUGUCAGGAACAAAGGGGGAACCAGGAAUUAAUGGAGAACCAGGAGUCUUAGGAAAUCCAGGACCCAGGGGUGAAAAGGGAGAUACAGGUCUGAAAGGACAAAAAGGUGAAGAAGGAAAGGAGGGGAAAAUUGGUCCUAAAGGUUUAGAUGGAUUACCUGGAAUCAAAGGCUCUCGUGGAGAGGAUGGUCUUCAAGGUCAAAAGGGUGAAGAAGGAAAGGAGGGGAAUAUUGGUCUUAGAGGUUUCGAUGGAUUACCGGGACUUCCAGGAUACAAAGGAUCACGUGGACAGGAUGGAGCAAAGGGGGAACAGGGAAUUAAAGGAGAACCAGGAGUCUUAGGAAAUCCAGGACCCAGGGGUGAAAAGGGAGAUACAGGCAGCACUGGGGUGGGAGGAGCUCCUGGAAAUCAAGGCUUACCUGGUCCUUCUGGCUCUGCUGGGCAAAAAGGAGACAAAGGUGACCCUGGCCUACCUGGGAAAGCAGGCAGCACUGGGGCAGGAGGAGUUCCUGGAAUUCAAGGUUUACCUGGUCCUACUGGUCCUGAUGGGCAAAAAGGAGACAAAGGUGACCCUGGCCUACCUGGGAAAGCAGGCAGCAGUGGGGUGGGAGGAGCUCCUGGCAUUCAAGGAUUACCUGGUACUUCUGGUCCAAAAGGAGACAAAGGUGACACUGGCCUGCCUGGGAAGAAGGGGUUAAAUGGAGCGCCAGGAAUAUCUGGUCAGAAAGGAGACAAAGGAGAUAAAGGCAGCAUUGGGACAGCAGGAGCUCCUGGCAUUCAAGGCUUACCUGGUCCUUCUGGUCCCGCUGGGCAAAAGGGAGAUAAAGGCACCACCGGGGCAGAAGGAUUUCCUGGCAUUCCAGGCAUACCUGGUCCCAUUGGGCAAAAAGGAGACAAAGGGGACUCUGGAUUGCCUGGGAAAGAAGGUGGAGAAAUUGUGCGAAUUGCAGGAGGUGGAAAUAAGGGUCGUGUGGAAAUCUUAUUCAAUGGCAUAUGGGGAACUAUCUGUGACAAAGGCUGGGAUUUGAACGAUGCAAAAGUGGUCUGCAGGAUGUUGGGAUAUUCCAAGACUAUAAGAGCUUAUACUGCUGGAGGAGGAACAGGAAAAAUAUGGCUGCAAAACAUGAGAUGUACAGGAUCUGAAGGAAGUUUCAUGGAUUGUUCAUAUAGUCAAUUUAUAAUGUUCACCUGCCAACACCGUAAUGACGCAGGGGUAGAAUGUGGUUAUUAAGCAGUCACAAAACUCCCCACAUAUGUUAAGCUUGAUGUGCAAGUUGUAUAUACAACAAUAAAAUAUCUAAUACAACAAUA